CAACCUAAAACUUCACCGCGCUGUUGCCAUGGAGACGGAUCUCAAACACACACACACCACUGACGGUUGCAGCGUAAAUAAAGUCCGACAACUUGAUCCCUAAAAGGAGGAAGAGGAGGAAGAAGAAGAGUAAUCAUGCCGAAGAAAGCCAAGAAAGGUGGAGCAGGAAAAGCUGUAGGAAAGACGGAGGAGGAGAGGCUGAUGUUCCUGCAGCAGAGAGCUCAGGCUGAGGAGGAGAUGAACCGGAAGAAGGAGGAGGUCCUCACCCUGUUCCUGAAGGACAAGCUGCAGAAGGAGGAGAGGAACGCGGCGGUGAACCUCCUGAAGCUGAACGAGGGCUGGAGGUCCGUCCUGCGUCAGACUCGAGCCUCCGAGCUGCGGAAAGACCUGACGGUGCUCAGCCAAACGUUUGAGAGGCAGCUGGACGGCCUGGACAGCGUCGUCAAGACCCUGGAGCGCGACCUCCAGGCUGCGGAGCGUCAGUCGGCUCAGGUGCGGCGCGUCCACCUGCAGCACCUGGAGCAGCUGUGGGCGCAGCAGCACCAGCAGCUGGAGGUGGAGCAGCAGCAGUGGGAGAGCGUCCUGCAGCAGCUCACCUCCAGGUUCAGCUCCGACAGGGAGCAGAUGUUGUCAAACGCAAAGCAGAAGCAGGAUGAUCUGAAGGACACGUCGUUCGCUGUGGAGCAGAAACACAAAACAGUGAUGUUGGAAAUCCACAAACUGUACAUCGACAGCAUCGCAGCGUACCACAGCGCUCAUCAAGAGAGGCUGCAGUCUCUGGGCCUGGAGGACGCGGAGCGGCUGGACCAGAUGAAGAGGAAGAACCAGAAGGCGGUGGAGGUGGGCUCUGAGGAGGACAGCCUGCCCUUCCUGCACUGCAUGAAGCAGGGCCUGAAGGACGACGUGAGGAACGUGAAGAGGCUGCAGGAACUGGUCAUCAACCUCCGGGUGCAGUUGACCUCGAGCCGGACGGAGAACGUCUCGGUGGAGAGAGAGCUGACGGAGGCCAGGGAUCAGAUGAGGAGCCAGACUCAGGUGCUGCGGGACUAUCUGACAGCCAAUCAGACGGUGGCGAGGAAACAGCUGACCGAUGUCACCAUGCAGAGCGACCAAGCCGUCAAGAAACUGCAGGCGGUCAUCGCCAGGGGUCAGAAGGUCUUACGAGUGGCUGAAAUGUGUCGUAAGAUGGAGAGCGAGCAGAGGACCAUCUCUUCACUGAUCCCUGCUGAGGAACAGAGGCAGGAGGAGACUGCAGCUGAGGCAGAGGAACCAGGGAAGGAACCAGGGAAGGAACCAGGAAAGGAGAUGUCAGCGCUGUGUCACGUGACGCUGAGCAUGAACACCUCGCUGCUGCAGAGAGAAGCUCUGAGGAGGAACAGAGACGCUCUGAUGGGAGAGAACCAGCAGCUGAGGAUCCUGCUGAGGCAGCACCUGGACGCCAUGACACUCACUGACCACGACCUGGAGGAGGCCCACCCUCUGCUCAGCGUGUACCGCGCCCCCACCACCUCCACACACCCCGAGAACCAGAGGAAACACCCCGACAACGAGCGGAAACACACCGUCGUCGAGGCCGUCCACGCCGCCAAACACGCGCUGUGACAGAGACUGAGAUUAUAUAAAAACUGUUUAUCAAAA